AGCAUGCAUAUAUUAUUUCAGAGUUAUACAAGGUUUCUUUGGUCAGUUUAGGUACAAUAAGAAUGGCAUUACGGCCUACCAGAUUCUGAAUGAUAAUUGAAUUUUUUUGGUAACUCCAACACUAUAACUAGUAGUCGUGGACACAUAAACACAGCUUUUAUUCAUAUGGUUGUAUCGAUUUGUAUGAAAUUAUGUGAUUUUUCGUCAUUGCUGACCGCUGUGUUCUAAAUGACACCCCAGACGUCCCCUUUGUCCCCUCUCGCCACCGGUUUUUUGGUACGUGGUAGUGGACAGAUUCGUGGGUGCUUUUCUCUAAUAUUUCUGUAAAUCGUAAAUACUUAUUUGAGUCAUUUUUAGUGUUUUUCAGGUGAUCCCAUAAAUACAUUUCUGGGCGAUACAAAUUAAUUACUGCGCAUGUUUAACCCAAUUCCGCAGCGUCACGUCAAGUAACAUGUAAAUUUGCUAGUUACAAUUUAGCAUGUUAUUCUUAAAGAGCCGGCGCUGAGCCAUGACGGAGAGUAAAGCAUAAUUUGGUGUCAGCUCUCGCUGAUGAGCAGCAAAAACUGGAGCUUUCGGCUCGCCGGCUCGGUUUGUUUACAUUCUGCGCCGAGCACGUUGUCUCUUUCAGUCUCUCUCCAAUUGGCCGACGUUCUGGCGAAGCCCCUCCCAGAGGCGCGCCAGACCAGAGCGAAGAAGCCGCAGAAUCUGUUUUUUUACCAAACAAGUCUGAUAUUCGCAGGAUUUCACGAACGGUCCUCAUAGGGCUGGCAAAGCACUGGGUUUCGGCGUCUUUCGCGUUUGACCGGAAAAAGGGGAAAGCCCUCUUUUUUCAAAUUUUUUUCGCCGAACUCCUCCUUUAUCGCAGCGGAGCUGUCUCCACCUCUUUCCCGCAAUACGUUCAGAAUACAUUUCCUAACUCUAUUUACCAAGGAAGUCCCACUCGGUAAUCGCUCACACGAUGUCAAGACGCAGUGCUCGAGUCACGUUACAGCCCAGGGACGAUAAUGCGGCUGCACAUAAAGGCAAACUUGCAAGGAAAAGGAAAUCGGAGUGCAGCAAACGAAAAGCGCCUCUCUCCGAGAAAAAGCACAGUUAUGAAAUCCAGAACCGGUGGGCGCAAGGAGCAGUCAGCCCUUGCAUCCUUAUAGAGACGCCCUGCAAAGAUGAAGAGGUGACCAGCAACCUGUCUGGGUUCAAGCAGUACAGGUUCAAAAACCUCUUCAUCAAAGCCCCAUCUCUGCCAUGCUUGAGUUGGGCUAGUUCUGAGGACGUCUGGGUAAACAUGCUGAGCAAAGAGCUGAAGUAUGUUCAUGACAAGAGCCUCAUGGAACGCCAUCCUGCACUGCAGCCCAAGAUGAGGUCCAUUCUCCUCGAUUGGCUCCUGGAGGUGAGUGAAGUGUACACACUCCAUCGAGAGACCUUCUACCUAGCGCAGGACUUCUUCGACCGGUUCAUGUUGACACAAGUGGACGUGCAGAAGAACAGGCUACAGCUGAUUGGCAUUACGUCCCUCUUCAUCGCUGCUAAGAUGGAGGAAAUCUAUGCCCCCAAACUGCAUGAUUUUGCCUACGUUACGGACGGUGCCUGUGACGAGGAGGAAAUCCUGGAAAUGGAGCUCAUCAUUUUGAAGGCCUUAAAUUGGGACCUGUGUCCGGAGACUGUAAUCUCAUGGCUGAAGCUGUACAUUCAAGUGGCCUCUUUGAAGGAUGACAUCAAUUUUCUAAUACCUCAGUUUUCUCAAGAGACAUUCGUACAGAUCUCUCAGCUCCUAGAUCUGUGUAUCCUCGAUAUUAAUUCGCUGAAGUACCACUACGGAAUGCUGGCAGCUGCGGCUUUCUGUCACUUCACGUCGUUCGAAGCCGUUGAGAGAGUCUCAGGUCUGACGUGGGACACUUUGGGCGACUGCGUGACCUGGAUGUCGCCGUUCAUGACGGCAGCCUGCGAGUGUCCUGUGCAGCUCAAGGAUUUCAAGAAAAUAGCCGUGGAGGACAGGCACAACAUCCAGACGCACGUCGAUUACCUGCUCAUGCUGGAUAAUGUUCAGCAGAAGCAGACAAGCACCCUUCAACUCUCCCCCAUUCCUGCUGGAGGAAUCUUGACACCCCCCAAAAGUACAGAGAAGGGUGUUUCCCACUGAGCCUGACGUCCUCCACGGGGGGGGCUCACCUGAGCCAGUCUGCCUGCUGGCCGCCGCCUGUCAGCUCAGGUUUUUCUAGAACUUUAUGGCAGCUUUUUGUUUUUAAAUGAUUUUUUUUUUGUAAGCAGUACUUCAGCUGUGAAAAGGGUUUUACCUGAUUUUAUUUUCCUUUUACCCAUUGAAAUGUCUUCCUGAAGACUCGCAUCUACCGUGGUGUGAUUUAAGUCGGACUUUACGCACGUUACUGUAGAUGAGGUUGUUGCUAAUGCUGAGCUGGAAGGACUUUUUGGGAAUGAAUUUUUCUGUUCUGCCUUCUACAUGUAGAAUCUAUAGAAGACUCAGUAUUUAACUCCUAUUUUAGAAUAUUUAACUCAAUGGUCUUGCCCUGAGCAGCAUCAUUUGAGUACGAUUUACUUGAUCAUUUCCUCUAAACUGGCUGUUCACACCCCACGUCGACUUCUGUGCUGGUUUUAGUUCAGCUGGUGGGGGUUUAGGGAUUUCCAUUAGUAAAUCAACUUGGGAAGGCUCAGUGACACCCCCCCACACACACACACACACACACAGGCAGAGGCUCACUGCACACUGCACAGGAGUUCAGCUGUCACGCCUCCUAAUGAUCUGAAUGUACAGUACACUUCAGCACAUGCAAACUGUGCUAAACUGGUGCUAAAAUGGAGUUUGUUACCCAUGCAGUAGGAUAAUCCCACCUGUGGGGUGGGACGGGCCUUUGUUUUGCAAGCUCAGAUUGUCACAAGCCAUGUUAGGUGUGUGUUGGGGGGAGGGGGGGGUCAUGCUGUCCCCUCUAUCAAAAUCUGAUGGCUUUGUGGUUUCUUCUUCUAUUCAUUGCCUCCCUUCCCCCAUGAAAGGUGCUUUAUGUUUGCAGUUAGUCAUUCCUGAAAGACUUGAGUUUUUUUUUUUUUUAUAUGAAAGUUGGUGCAGAAUUAUUACAUCUAUUUAUUAUUGUAUAAUGUCAAUAUGUAAAGGUGCCUACAAGCAUGAAUUGACUUUCCUGUAACUUAACACUGCCAAAGGCAACUAUUUAAUACAGGGUGCAUGUUCAUCCCAUCUUGUACAGAGCCCCAUGUGUUCCUGUGCCUCUGUCCAGGGCCGACCUGAACUCCAGGAACCAACAGGGAUGUGAAUUUUUUUUGUUGUGCUAUUUCAAAGCUAGACUUCGAAUAGGUCUGAAAUAAAUGCCUCCCACCUUCCUAGGUACAGAAGUGGACCAAGUCUGCUCAGAAUACAAUAAAUGACAUACAGUUAGCAUGUAUAUAGGACAUAUGUAUAUGUGUACAUAUAAAUUCAUUAAGUGACUUGUUUAUUUUCUAAUGUGAAAUAAAAAGCUCUACAGCUUGCCUGUACAGUAA